AUGUACGUUGUGCCUCCGCCGCAGCGCUCCGAUCCGGGUUCAGGAUCCGGUGGGUUGCGGGUUUACCAAGCCUGGAAAGGAAGCAAUAAAUUUUUUCUUCAGGGAAGGUUCAUAUUUGGACCAGAUGUGAGAUCACUGGCGCUGACAGUUUUACUUAUUGUAGCACCUGUCGCAUUUUUCUGUGUCUUUGUUGCCAGAAAACUAUUGGAUCAUUUUCCUCACCACUGGGGGGUAACCAUAAUGGCUGUUGCAGUUGUUUUCACAGUUUAUGACUUGGUUCUUCUUUUGUUAACAUCUGGUCGAGAUCCUGGCAUAAUACCACGCAAUGCACAUCCUCCAGAACCAGAAGGUUUUGAUAGUAAUGCAGAUGUUGGCUCUGGUCAGACUCCUCAAUUGCGGUUGCCACGGAUUAAGGAAGUUGAGGUCAAUGGAGUCGCUGUUAAGGUCAAGUAUUGUGAUACUUGUAUGCUUUAUAGACCUCCUCGAUGCUCGCACUGCUCGAUCUGUAAUAACUGUGUAGAACGGUUUGAUCACCACUGUCCCUGGGUUGGACAGUGUAUUGGGCUGCGUAAUUACCGCUUCUUCUUCAUGUUCGUCUUCUCAACUACGGUACUUUGUGUAUAUGUUUUUGCAUUUUGCUGGGUCUAUAUUAGAAGAAUUAUGGGGUCAGAGGAGACAACAAUUUGGAAAGCAAUGAUCAAAACCCCAGCCUCCAUAGUUUUAAUAAUUUACACCUUCAUAUCAAUGUGGUUUGUCGGUGGCCUUACGGCGUUCCAUUUAUAUCUGAUAAGUACAAAUCAGACUACUUAUGAAAACUUCCGAUACCGAUAUGAUCGGCGGGCAAACCCGUAUAACAAGGGAGUGGUGAAUAAUUUCAAAGAGAUAUUCUGCAUCAGCAUACCCUCCUCGAAGAACGAUUUCAGGGCAAUGGUGCCAAAUGAACCGGCAUUACCUGCUCGAUCCGUGGGUGGAGGAUUUAUGAACCAAACUUUGGGAAAACCUACUGAUGACAUAGAAAUGGGCAGGAAAGCAGUAUGGGAGAUGAAUGCUGGGAUGGACGAUUCAGAUAAUCAACUAAACAAUGACCGCGUGUCUAUAAAAGAUGGUGAGUUGUCUCCUGAAAUUAGGACGACUGUUGAUGACACGGUCGACCGUGCUGGAAUGCAUCAUCCUAGACGAUCUAGUUGGGGAAGAAAAAGUGGAAGCUGGGAAAUGUCUCCGGAAGUGCUAGCAUUGGCAGCCAGGGUUGGGGAGGCAAAUCGUGCUGGUGAAGGUAACAGUAGUAACACGAGAGAAUCAUCUUAAGCAAGCCGUUGUGUAGCGAAUUGCGGGGGCAAAAGGGACAUGAAGAUUUGAUUUUAUGGUUAUUAAAAGAAGUUACUUUUCUCAUGUGGUAACUAUACAGCAAAUUUAUUGUAUGUGCAAAAUGGUGGGGCUGUAGGCAUUUGAAGUGUGUUUUUAAGUGUUGUUUUAGCCUUUUGUGAUUCUAAGAAGAAAUUGUUUGGAGUGUUGUGAGAGUGAGUUUUGUUCUUUCUGCUUUGCUUGAUGUUGUAUUUAUUUAUGCUUUGUUCUAAGAAGGAACAUCUGUCAAAUGAAAUUAUUAUUGCUAACUUAAUCUCCGAAUGUAAUUGAUGUGUAGGAUGAUAAAUUUGUCAAAAGUGUCCAAAUCUCAAUAUCUAUUUUUCUUCCUCAA